AACAUUCGUCGUGAUUCGGUGUCAGCCUAUACUCGUUCUGUUACAGUUGAUCAGCUGAUUAUGAUCUGUAUGGAUUUCUUCAUCGCGGGGACACAGACCACCAGCACAACGCUGGACUAUGUGUUUCUCAUGAUGCUUUUGUAUCCCGAGGUACAGCGUCGUGCUCAGGAACAGUUGGACGCCGUCGUGGGGAGAGACAAACCUCUACAACUCGCCGACAGGCACAAGUUACCGUAUGUUGGGGCCGUCCUGAUGGAGGUACAGAGGAUACACCAGGUGACACCACUGGCAGGACCGAGACGUGUAACAAAGGACACUACGCUGAACGGAUAUAACAUACCGAAGGCAAGACUGAAAUAGUUCCUGGGCCAUGGCACAUGGAAUGUAUAAACGACGUAGAAACGUCGCUCGAUGCCAUGUGUACGAAAUUGACUUCUUAUCAAUUCGAUUCGCCCCAGCCAAUGUUCUGGUAAACAGACCACAAGCUACGACCGGAAAGUCGUAGGAUUUGAAGUUGAUCCCGUUAUUCCUGGCUGGAGCGAAGUUAUUUCUAAUUUUCAGGUCAAAAAUACAAAUACCAUAAAGAAAAAUACAGAAACUCUUUUAACGCUAGUGA